UAAUAAUAAUUUAUUACUUGCCUGAAUGGAAGCUCCAUUUUAGUUGACAAAGCUCAGUAUGUGUAAAGUCUUCGAGGCUUAUCCAUCGGACGGCGUCUUUCUUAUCUAAGGAUUCACUCAGAUUAUACUUCCAUUUCGUUGUAACCCAGAAACAAACGUCUCUGCGAUCAAGUGAAUUGCUGCCUCUUUCUUGGCCUUGCUUGAAGCUCAAAAUGGAGAUUGGAUUGUUGUUGUUUUCUGUGUUUCUUUUUCUGGGUAUUGCGAUUUCAUGGGUGGAAUCCAAGUACAUGGUUUAUAAUACUUCACAAGGCAUUGUUCCUGGUAAGCUUAAUGUUCACUUGGUUGCUCACACCCACGAUGAUGUUGGAUGGCUAAAAACUGUUGAUCAGUACUAUGUUGGUUCCAACAAUUCAAUUCAAGGUGCUUGUGUGCGAAAUGUAUUGGAUUCCCUUAUUCCUUCUCUUUUGGCUGACAAGAAUCGCAAAUUCAUUUAUGUUGAAAUGGCAUUUUUCCAACGAUGGUGGAGAGAUCAGAGUGAGGCUAUGCAGCAAAUUGUCAAGCAACUUGUGAGCUCGGGUCAGCUAGAAUUCAUAAAUGGAGGUAUGUGCAUGCAUGAUGAGGCAGUGACUCAUUAUAUUGACAUGAUUGAUCAGACAACUCUUGGGCAUGGUUUUAUCAAAAAGGAAUUUGGAGUGACUCCAAGAAUUGGUUGGCAAAUAGACCCUUUUGGACAUUCGGCAGUGCAGGCUUACUUGCUGGGAGCUGAAGUUGGAUUUGACUCUCUUUUCUUUGGCCGGAUAGAUUACCAAGACAGGGCUAAGCGUCAAAGUGAGAAGAGUCUUGAAGUUGUCUGGCAAGGUUCCAGCAGUCUUGGUUCAUCUGCACAGAUAUUUGCCGGUGCAUUCCCCAAAAACUAUGAGCCUCCUCCUGGUGGUUUCUACUUUGAAGUCAAUGAUCCCUACCCAAUUGUUCAAGAUGACAUCAAUUUGUUUGAUUACAAUGUCCCAGACCGGGUCAAUGACUUUGUUGCUGCUGCAAUAGCACAGGCUAAUAUAACUCGAACAAAUCAUAUAAUGUGGACCAUGGGAACAGAUUUUAAGUAUCAGUAUUCAGAGACAUGGUUUCGAGAGAUGGACAAGCUGAUCCAUUAUGUUAACAUGGAUGGACGUGUGAAUGCUCUUUAUUCUACCCCAUCCAUAUAUACUGAUGCAAAACAUGCUACAAAUGAAUCCUGGCCAGCAAAGACUGGUGACUUCUUCCCGUAUGCAGAUCGGGCAAAUGCGUACUGGACAGGAUACUUUACAAGUAGACCAGCCUUGAAACGCUAUGUUAGGAUGAUGAGUGGCUACUACUUGGCUGCAAGGCAACUAGAGUUCUUUAAAGGGAGAAGUAAUACAGGGCCAAACACUGAAUCAUUGGCAGAUGCUUUGGCAAUUGCUCAGCAUCAUGAUGCAGUUACUGGUACAGAAAAGCAGCAUGUGGCUAAUGAUUAUGCAAAGCGACUGUCAAUAGGCUACACAGAGGCCGAAAAAUUAGUUGCCUCUUCACUUGCUUGCUUGGCUGAGUCAACAUCACAUAAUGGAUGUCAGAGUCCAGCUAUAAAAUUUCAACAGUGCCCACUGCUGAAUAUAAGUUACUGUCCUGCAUCAGAAAUUAAUCAGUCUCAUGGGAAAAACUUGGUGGUUGUGGUUUACAAUUCUCUUGGAUGGAAGAGAGAUGAUGUAAUCCAAAUUCCAGUUAUCAAUGAUGACGUUGUAGUGCGUGAUUCUGAGGGAAGAGAAGUUGAAUCACAACUUAUUCCUCUAGCAGAUGUUUAUGUGGCCCUAAGGAACUCCUAUGUUCAGGCAUACUUGGGUAAACCGCCAAUGGAUACACCCAAGUAUUGGCUUGCAUUUACGGUAUCUGUUCCGCCUUUUGGUUUCAACACUUACACAAUCUCAGGUUCCAAAAGUGGAGGUGCUCAUUUAACCAAAUCAUCUGCAUACACAUUUCGAAGAAGUGAGCAAUCUAUUAUAGAAGUUGGUCGAGGAAAUUUGAAGCUUGCUUUUUCGGCAGACAAAAGCAAACACACUAAUUAUAUUAAUAGCAGAAGCUCAGUUGAGGAAUUGGUUGAACAGUCAUUCAGUUUUUAUGCUGGAUAUAAUGGAACUGGAAAUGAUAAAGAUCCACAGAAUGCUGGAGCAUAUAUCUUCCGACCCAAUGGGACAUUUCUCAUAAAGCCUGAAGGACAGAUUCCGUUGACUAUCAUGCGUGGGCCUAUAGUAGAAGAAGCACAUCAACAGAUCAAUCAAUGGAUAUAUCAGAUCACCAGAUUAUACAAGGGGAAAGAGCAUGUUGAAGUUGAAUUUUUUGUUGGGCCUAUACCCAUUGAUGAUGGAAUUGGAAAAGAAGUUGCAACACAGAUUACAACUACAAUGGGGACCAACAAAACAUUCUAUACAGAUUCUAAUGGACGUGAUUUUAUCAAAAGAAUUCGUGAUUAUAGGACAGAUUGGGACCUGGAAGUGAACCAACCAGCUGCUGGAAAUUACUAUCCGAUUAAUCUUGGAAUUUACACCAAAGAUGAUAAAAAAGAAUUUUCAGUUCUGGUGGAUCGAGCUCUUGGAGGAUCUAGCUUAGUGGAUGGACAAAUAGAGCUGAUGCUCCAUCGGAGACUGCUACUUGACGAUUCCAGGGGUGUUGCAGAGGCUUUAAAUGAAACAGUUUGUGUUCUUGAUCAAUGUAAAGGAUUGAUAAUCCAAGGAAAAUAUUAUUUCAGAAUUGAUCCUUUAGGAGAAGGUGCUAACUGGCGCCGUACUUUUGGCCAGGAGAUAUAUUCACCUCUCUUACUGGCCUUUGCUGAAGAGGAUGGAGAUAACUGGAUGAAUUCUCAUGUAACCACUUUCUCAGGCAUUGAUUCCUCCUAUAGUUUACCUGAUACUGUUGCAGUUAUAACUCUCCAGGAGCUUGAUAAUGGAAAAGUUCUACUUCGUUUAGCACACUUAUAUCAGAUUGGAGAGGACAAUAAUUAUUCUGUGAUGACAAGUGUAGAACUGAAGAAGUUGUUUCCUGGCAAGAAGAUUCACAAAGUGACAGAAAUGAGCCUAUCUGCCAAUCAAGAAAGAGCAGAAUUGGAAAAGAAGAGACUUGUCUGGAAAGUUGAAGGCUCAGUUAUACAAGAACCAUUGCCGAGGGGUGGACCGGUUGAUCCUGCAAAACUGGUUGUGGAACUUGCCCCGAUGGAAAUUCGCACCUUUCUUAUUGAUUUUGAUCAGAAAUCCCACCUUGUAUAUGAUGUGUAAUGGCAGUGAAAUGUUCCCUGAUGAAGUUCUUGCUAAUUCAGGCAUAGCAUUGUGAUUUCUGGUAUCUUUUUAAGCUGAUAUCUGUACUCUUACGGUCACAGAGGCAAUUUGCUCACCAUGUACGCCUUGUAUUAUAAAGGUUGUGUCGGUGUAAUAUGAUCACUUUGUACAUUCCAUCUUAAUGGAAUGAGAAUAUGAGAAUAAAUUUCAGAGGUUCUGAUUAUUUAUGUUGGACAUCA